AUGCUUUCUCACCCAAUGAUAAUGGCAGAUUUUGAUGUGUUAUGCGGUACUGAAGAUGAAGUGAAAAAGUGCGAAGCGGGAAAUAUUCGUAACAAGAACGGUAAUCAUCACAUCGUCACAACCCCACCUGAAAAAUGGAAUUAUGACGAUGUUGCUGCAUGGCUUAAUGAACAGGGUUUUGAGAAAUAUGCUAAUAUCAUCGCUUACAGACAUAAGAUUGAUGGUCGUACAUUACUUAUGCUAACAGAAGUCGAUUUACGCGAGAAACCAUUGAAAUUGGAUUGCCUUGGUGAUAUUAAGCGCAUUGCCUUAGCUGUUUCCAGGUUAAGAACUGAUUUGGCGUCUUUAGAAGCGGUGUUGAAACAGUCAAAACGACAUGAGUGUGGUUAUAAUGCGAACGAUCAGGAUAGGGUGGAUACGUCAAAGCUGCAGUUGGCCGUUGCAAGCACGAGGAAUCAAAUAUCAUUUCCUGGUAAUGAUCCCUUACUAAUUGAUUCGAGUGAUCUUAAGAAUUAUGAAGAUGGAUUGGUGCCUACUGCGGGCCCCUAUCCAAAAAUUUUGUCUAAAACAAGUGAAACUGCACAGUGUAUAGCUGCAAAUUCGUUAGAUGAGGGGAGACUAAAGCAAAUGCAUCUUCUGAGCAGGGAAGAUUUGAUACGACAGGUGGAAAGCCCCGACACAAAAUUCAAAUCGUUCAUAAAAUUAACUAUUGCUUUUUGUUAUUGUACAUCUUCUUUAUUAAUUACUGCUUUUGUAAUGGUUCUUGUACAUGAUCGUGUACCAGAUAUGAAAACAUAUCCACCUUUGCCAGAUAUCGUACUUGAUAACUUGCCGCUGAUACCAUGGGCUUUUCAAGUUUGUGAAGGAAUAGCAGUUUUUCUGGCAUUACUGUGGUUCACGAUUUUGUUCUUUCAUAAGCAUCGAGUCGUUAUAAUGCGACGUAUGUUUUCGUUGGUUGGAACUGUUUUUUUGUUGCGUUGUGUUACGAUGCUAAUCACAUCCCUAUCUGUUCCAGGUCCACAUUUGGAAUGUCGUUCACAGAGUUAUGGUACAUUCGUCGCAAGGCUUCAGCAAGCCUAUCAUAUCUGGUCACGAUUUGGUAUGUCAAUCCAUGGUGUGCGCUCGUGCGGUGAUUACAUGUUUAGUGGGCAUACAACAGCUAUGACGUUAUUAAACCAUUUCAUUACUGAAUACACACCAGAUUCAUGGCAUAUCUUACAUACAUUUACUUGGGUUUUAAAUCUGUUCGGCAUAUUUUUCAUUUUGGCUGGACACGAACACUACAGUAUUGAUGUAUUCAUCGCAUUCUGCAUCUCAUCUCGAAUGUUUUUAUAUUAUCAUGCAUAUGCAUAUCAAUUUAGUUCAGCAAGAAGCGAUAAUCGAAUGAGAUUAUGGUUUCCGCUUGGCUGGUUUUUUGAAGCUGGUGGACAGGGCCGUGUUGCAAAUGAUUUUGACCUUCCCCUUUAUUUUCCUGUAAUAUCGUUUCCUUCAUUCCGGAGAAAUCUGUGUAUGAAAAGCAAGAAAAAAACAGAUUUGGAUAAAAAACCCCUACCAAAGCUUGUUAUAGAUACCUGUGGUAUUUCAGCGGAUUGCAGCAAACAUCUUAAAAGACGCAGAAAUAAAAAAAAUGAAACUUCUCUGUGCGAAGGACACGUAACUUUUGGGAAAAUUUUUUCAUAG